ACACUUGACCGUGCCUUGCGCAGAAAUCAUCUCAGGAUGAAGCAGGUCUACAGAGUGCCAUUUGAACGCAAUUCAGAGAGAGUCAAAGAAUUGCGAUAUAACUAUGUGCAAAGAGUCCUUGAGCUAGAGGUGGCUGCAGUGGAGCACCAGUUCAUCUUCAUUGAUGAGGUUGGGUUCAACCUCACAAAAAGACGAAAGAGGGGAAGGAAUAUCAUCGGCCAGCGUGCCAUUGUUGAAGUCCCUGGCCAGCGCGGAGGGAACAUCACAAUGUGUGCAGCGAUUACCCACCACGGCGUCAUCCAUCACCAUGCUACCCUUGGCCCCUACAACACCGCCCAUCUGAUCACAUUCCUUGACACCCUACACAACACACUCAUUCCACCAGAUCAGGUAGAUGGCCCAGAGCAGCUCAGGUACGUUGUUAUUUGGGACAACGUAAGUUUCCACAGGGCUGCUCUGGUUCGUAACUGGUUCACUGCCCACCCACGCUUUUUAGUUGCUUAUCUCCCUCCAUAUUCUCCAUUCCUCAAUCCUAUUGAGGAAUUUUUUUCUGCCUGGAGAUGGAAAGUGUAUGACCGAAAUCCACAAACGCGUAUACCUCUUCUCCAAGCAAUGGAGGACGCAUGUGGAGAUAUAGCAGCUGAUGCUUUCCAUGGCUGGAAUCGCCAUGCUAGGCGAUAUUUCCCCCGCUGCUUGGCCAGGGAAAACAUUGCUUGUGAUGUGGAUGAGGUGCUGUGGCCAGACCGCAACAGAAGAGAGGAUGCAGCAUAGUUUUUUUUGUUUGUUUUUUACUGUAACUGUAUACAGUAAAUUCUUCUGUUGUUUUGUAUGUAGUGUAUGUGCAACUUUGUGUUGGUUGGGAAUGGGAUGUACACUGUGUACAUUGUUUUUGCGAGAAAAAUAAAAUAAAAUUUACAGUAAAAAACAAUAUUCUCAAAUAUUUUACAACACACUCAUGUUUGUACUCUGUGUAGUAAGUGUAACACUGAACCAAAAAAGGCCUAAUUCAAUUAAGUAUUUUACAUUCAUCAUAGUGUUUUACAUUGAGCACAUCAGUGUUCAGCUGGUUCUUAUUAAUGUCUAUACAAAUGAUGGUUUGUGUGUGUCAUUUGAAAACAAAAUCCCAUUUUGAGAAGAAAUAAGAUUGUUUUGAAUGUAAAGUUUCAUUUUGCUGGAGAACUGAGGGGUUUUGCCCAUUGUGUGUGUUUUUUUGGAUU